GCUUGUGGACUGAGGAGGCCGAAACUUCUGCCUCUGGAGCCGCCGGGUCUCCAGCUGCUUGCUCUCUUGCAGCCCCACGGGCUGAGGUGGCCGCGUGGGGUCAGGUGUGACCGGGAGGAACGUCCCCGUCAGACCCCAGGCGAAGGCGCGGCCCCGAGAGCGACCCCUCAGACCCCGGGUGAAGGCCGCGCCGGGACAGGUCCUCUCAGACCCCGGCAGACCCGGGGUGGAGGCGCGGCCCCGAGAGCGUCCACCUCAGACCUCGGGUGAAGGCCCGGCCCAGACAGGUCCCCUCAGACCCCGGGUGAAGACUCGGCCGGGACAGGUUCCCCCAGACCCGGGGUGAAGGCGCGGCCCCGACAGCUGCCCCUAGUCCCCAACCCUCGCGCUUAGCCGCGGGGCCCACUCAGGGCACCAAGCGCGGCGGGCGCUGCGGCCCGCGUCCCCCCUCCCCGAACCCGGCGGGUGGUGUAGCUGCACCUGAACCAAACGGCCUUUGCGGGCCGCCGCCUCCCGGGGCUCCCGAGGACCUGUCACCGCCGCCUACGGUCCCCAAGUACAGGGGCAGCUGCAUCUUUAGCCUCAGAGCCCCCGGAAACAGCCGACCCAGAAAAGGGCGGAUUCACGGAGCAGAGAAACGAUGCUUAAGUGUCCAAGGCCACCAGUUACCCGACCAUCUACUGAGUUGUAAUCAAAGCCUGAGUGAUGACAUCAGGGACAAACAUGCUGGACCCAAGUGAACUGGAGUUAAUCAACCAAGAAAACAUGGAGGAGAUCUCCCAGCUCGCGUCCCUGGAGAUGUCAGGCAAUGGAGUAGCGUCCAGGGAGGAAACGUCAGCUGUUGUCUCUGAGAAAACUAGCUACCCGGACUUUGUGUACGUUAUGGCAGCGAACAUUUUUCAGGGUAUUCAAAUCGAAAAGUCGCCAGAGAGAGUUCUAAUAAAGUACGGGAAGGAACCCCUGCUGUCCUGGCCCCAGUCUGACGAUGAAUCUUUACAGCGCUCGUCCUACGAGCUGGCUUUCAGUACUCUGAAAUAUCAAGAUAUUUUAGAAACUAUAUUAAUAGACAGCUGUAUCUUCCCAAGUACCACAAUACCAGAUCAUUUAAACAGUCUUAUUAUUGUGAUGCUGUAUGAUUUCCAAGAUAGAAAAUUUCAACCUCGUGUGCUUCCUGAUAAUGAAGAGUCCAUAUCAGAAGUUCAAGAAGUAGAGAACCUUCUUAACAGCUUUAAGACAAAAUUGGCUGCUUCACUGGCAAGGUGUCGAAUCAAACAUGAUGCCCUUUCAAUUUACCACAUUCUACCAGAGACAGUUAGGAAACAGGAACUAAGAGCCUCUACGCUGCCACUUUAUGCUUGGAUAAACACUUGUAAAAUCAGUCCUGAAGAAGUUUAUGGUAAUUUGAGGAGAAAAGGCUAUAAUAAAGUCAAAUCUGUAUUGCAUCUUGAUGAUAAAGUUUUUGCUGUGGACCAGCAUUGCUAUGAUGUCAUAAUUUUUCCAUCUCAUCUUAAAAAAGACCUUAAAAAUACAGAUCUUUUCAAAGAUUAUAAACUUAUUUUUCAGGACAAAUCUCGAAGCCUUGCUGUCCAUUCUGUAAAAGCUUUAUUAAAUAUGGAUGAUGAUAUCUUAAUGGUCAAUACAGGCUCAUGGUAUACAGUUGCCCAUAUGUCAAUUUUAACAAAUAAUAAUACUUCAAAAAUAUUUGUAUGUGGAGUACAAUCACAAGAUAAGGAUCCUGAUGUGAAGAAACUUUUUACAAAAAUGGGAUGUCAAAAUAUUGAAAUACUUCAUGAGACAUUUGUUGACAUUGAAUCAAAGGAUCAUAGGUUACAGAAUGUUAAAGUAAUUCUGCUGCUUCCCCGUUGUUCCGGACUAGGUGUUAGUAACCCAGUGGAAUUUAUUUUAAAUGAGCAUGAAGAUACAGGCUUACUUAAAGAUCUUUCUCAAGGAGGUCCAUCAGAAAGCAAACUUCAGAUUCUUGCUCAACAGCAAUGUGAACAGCUAACACAUGCAAUGAAAUUUACUAAAGCUCAAGCAGUUGUUUAUUGCACGUGUUCAGUUUAUACAGAAGAAAAUGAAGCUGUUGUUAAGAAAGCAUUGGAAUGUCAAAACCAAGGGAUUAAAAUACAACCUUACAGACUCAGUCCUCCUGUUCUUCCACUAUGUUCCUUAAAAGAAAUCCAGUUGUCUACUGACAAAUUUUUCAGGAUGGAACCAUCUGAAAUUACCAAUGGUUGUUUUCUUUCUAUUUUAACGAGAGAGCGAGACCCAUCUGAGACGGUGUCUGUGAAAGAUGUUUUGGCCCGAGCAGCAGCAAAGGGUCUACUGGAUGGGAUUGAGGUGGGGAAAUCAGCAAAACGGGAGAAGAGGAGGAAGAAAUCAAAAACAUCACUGCCAAAACCUUCUGGCAAUGAUAGCAACAGCAUCCAAAUGAAAAUCACUGAGUUCCUGACUCGAGAAAGAAAAACCAGUGCUAAUCAAUCUGAGACAGCUGAAACACCUCUCCCACAGAGAAGUAUGCCUCAAGGAGGUGUUUCCUCACAGAUAAGAAAACCUAGCAAGUCUACCACCAAUCCUUUAGUGCCCACAUUGAUAAAGAAUGCUUGUCCCCCCAGACCAUGUGAAAGGCAAACAAAUUUGGGAAGAACUCGGCCAGAAGGCAGAGUGAUUCCCCUGAAACAUGUGGAAAUUGUUUUGCCUCCAGUGAUGUUCCCCUUCUCAAGUACCCAAGGGACCAGAUUUCAGAUACCAACUAACCAUUUUUGCUAUCGUUUUGCUGGAUCUACUGGUACACCUGGCUGCCUUAUGACAUCAUCAACAUCCAGAAGAGGAGAGAAGCCCAAGGAAAACUUGCCCUCCUCCCUUCUCAGGCAUCCUCGACCCUGGCUUUGACUGCAGCCCUUAUUACAGGGGCUGCUGGUAUUUCUUGGAAGGUUUGACAUUGCUACACAGGAUACUUGUGCUUUCGGUCACUUAGUAUCUCCUAAUGGGAUACCACCUCAAGAGAAUGAAGACAGGUGAGAAACAAUAAUGGAGGGGACUGAGUGAGCAGAGUUAAGAUUUCAACAGCCCUAACAGUGCUAACUAAUCUGCUUUAGGAUGCCCAGUUGCAGCCUCUGAGUUAGCUGUUAAAACUUGUCUCAUUCUUGGGAGUUUUCAGUGUGGACUAAGCUCAGUUGUCUUGCCUAAAGGGAACACAGUCUACCUUUCAGCUGGCUGCUUUGCAGAUGCACCGCAAAGGGCUUGUUAGAAAGUCCUGAGAUGAAAUGGACACCAUCCUCUCCUGCCUGCUCCAGCUCUAGUCAGGGACCUGAGACCCCUCCUCUAGGAGCCAUGCAGUUACUGUAGUUGAACCUUUUCAAUCACAAUUGAGGCUAGUUUUUUCCUCAAGUAUCAAUCACACUGUUCCUGAAAUAGAGCAUGCCAUGAAUUUUUGUAAUAGACUGAGCUUGAGUAUGAGGAGAAAUCACAGGAAAUUCUGGAGUUCCAGGUGGGCAUAGUUCAGAUGUCCAUUCAGAGAGAAAAGUGUUUCAGAGAGAAAAGUGGUUCCAGAAUGCUGUGUUGAUGGAACACCACCAUUCUUCCCUUCGUCUAUGCUAAACACUGUUGCAACAAAACAAAAUGACCAUGAGCAAAUUUCUACCUAAAUCAUCUUAAUUCUAAGAGGCACACCUGUUGAGUAGUGUGACGUAUCACUGAAGAAACUCAUUACGAUUUCUGAUUCUAUUCAAAGGUCAGGUGAUCCACAGUAAAAUGUACACGUCAUUUCAAUGGCACAUAGUAAUCAAUCCUUGGUAAUUACUCUCUGAUACAGAAUUAAAAUAUAUUGUAGCACUAUGUUAAUAAUAUUAAAUGUCAAUUCCUUUUGAAUGUAUUACCAAUUGUCUACUGAUCCUCACAUGAUCAUAGUUUCUGGGUCUACUGAAAUUUUUCAUCAUGGCAACAGAAAUUAACAUUAAAGUUAUGAGUACAAAUCUUAUUUUUAAAAAGUUUGGACGUAUUUGGAAUUUGAAUUUAAAGUUUUCAGAUUUAAGUUGUGAUUAGUGUAAGUUGUAACAAUGUGUGAUUCAGGUGACAUGACUUUAGCGGAAUAUUUAGGUC